UCUGUUAGUUGCCAGCUGUCUAAAAACGAAAGUAGAUCGUAAACAGCUGCCGUUGGUCAAGUGUAUUACUAUCCUACUUUAUCACAGUAAUCAUACUAUUUAUUUUUUAACCUUGUAAAGUUAUGUCUAAAACUAAUCCUCCUGAGCUAAAGAAGUACAUGGACAAGCGAUUGUGUUUGAAGUUAAAUGGUAAUCGCUCUGUGACUGGUGUUUUACGUGGUUUCGACCCGUUUAUGAAUUUGGUGAUUGAUGAAGCAACAGAAGAAGUCAAUGCUCAACAGAAAAAUGACAUCGGAAUGGUAGUUAUCAGAGGAAACAGUGUUGUAUUGAUGGAAGCGCUAGAUAGGAUAUGAUCGAAUACAAUAGACGAAAGUCAGCCUACAUGAAAUGUAAAGAUUAGAGAAAAACGAACCAUCUCAUAAAUUAACGUUUAUAUAUAUUAAUAUUUAACAGCUCUGGAAAACUUUUUUUUUACAUAUAAACUUUUGCAUUUGUAUAUUGGUGAUAUAGUUUGUAUCAACAUCAA